AGUCAAGGCGCAUAUCACAGUACGCGAAGAUGCACAGCCGGUCGUAACAAAACCGUUUCGGGUACCUUAUGCGAUGAAGGGAGCAGUGGAAAAAGAAUUGACGCGCUUGCAAGAAAAUGGCGUACUUACCCAGGUGGAGCACAGCCAAUGGAGCACAGGCAUAGUGGCCGUGCCCAAGAAAGACGGUAGCGUACGAAUUUGCGGUAACUAUAAGACCACAGUGAAUCCAAAUCUCGAACCGGUACCUCCUCCAAAUAUCAAUGUCGAAGAUAUUCUAGCGAAUUUGAAUGGAGGGGUCCUCUUUUCGAAGUUAGACUUGGCACAUGCGUACAAUCAGUUGGAACUCGAUGAAGAGUCAAAGAAGUAUUUGAUACUCUCAACCCACAAGGGUCUGUUUCAACAGAAUCGACUCGUGUUUGGAAUUACCAGUGCACCGAGUAUUUGGCAGCAGACGAUUGAACAAGUUUUGCAAGGACUCCCGGGUGUCCAAGUAUACCUAGACGACAUUUUAGUAACCGGUCGUACUGAGCUAGAGCACUACGAGAAUCUAGACAAAGUGCUCACGCGCUUAGAAGAGAGAAAUCUCACUCUAAGGCAGGAGAAAUGCAGGUUUGCGCAAGAAUCGAUUGAGUUUUUGGGGCAUGUCAUUGAUAGGAGCGGAGUACAUAAGACCCCCGACAAAAUGAAGAAGCUCGAGGAGCUAGAAAGACCACAAAGUGUUUCAGAGUUGAGGUCUUAUUUAGGCCUAUUGAACUAUUACAGGAAGUUCAUACCUAAUUUGGCCCACGAAAUCGCGCCGCUUACAGACUUAUUGAAGUCAGAACGAAAAUUUGUGUGGAAUAUCGAAGCAGAGCGAGCAUUUCUACGCUCCAAGUCAUUGUUGAAAUCAUCGGGAUUUCUUGCACAUUUUGAUCCGACUUUACCGAUGACGGUUGCCACGGAUGCCAGUCCGAUAGGAAUAGGGGCGGUUCUAUCGCAAAUUUAUGCGAGUGGUGAGGAAAGGCCAGUCAUGUUUGCCUCACGUGCGUUGACAAAGGCAGAACGCAAUUAUCCGCAAAUAGAGAGAGAAGCGUUGGCGAUAGUGUUCGCACUUAGAAGAUUCCACAUGUAUAUAUUCGGUCGUAAGUUCACACUGGUGACUGACAAUAAGCCACUCACAGCUAUAUUCGGACCGUACAAGAGCUUGCCUGCUCUAGCAGCCAAACGGAUGCAGCGAUGGGCGAUGUACCUGGCAGGCUUUGAUUAUGAUAUUCGAUAUCGUACAUCCCAAGCGAAUGCCAAUGCCGAUUGUUUUUCACGGUUACCUGACAGAAAGGAAGAACCGGAUGUUCAAGAACCGGAAAAUGUAGCUAUCUGUCACGUAGAUGCUUUACCGAUGAGUUAUGAGGAAUUGCGCAACGCGACGCGCAAGGACAAGACACUGUCGAGAGUAAUGCGCUAUUCUCUAGAUGGGUGGCCUAAGCGGUUACCGGAAGCAGACAAAGAUCUGCAAGGCUUCUAUGGGCGCAGAUUCGAGAUUACCAUAGAAAAAGGAAUUUUGUUAUGGGGAAUGCGAAUCGUGGUACCACUGAAAAUGCGCAGUGCAGUUUUGCAAGAAGUACAUGAAGGGCACUUAGGCGUAGUCAAAAUGAAGGCCAUUGCGCGCAGCCAUGUAUGGUGGCCUGGCAUUGAUGCGCAAAUUGAAGAUGCGGCGAAGCAAUGUCAAACAUGUCAGGUGGUUCAGAAGCAACCAUCGCCAAGUCCAUUGCAUCCAUGGAUCCCAGCAACGCGGCCUAUGGAGAGGAUUCAUGUAGAUUUUGCGGGUCCCUUGGAAGGACUGAUGUUCAUGAUUGUUGUUGAUGCAUAUAGUAAAUGGCCAGAGGUGACUAUUAUGCCAAAUAUUACUACCGAGAAAACCAUUGAAGCAUUGAGAAGCAUAUUUGCAAGAUUUGGACUACCACAGAUCCUAGUAUCGGACAAUGGUCCACAGUUUACAUCCGCGGAAUUCACAGAAUUCAUGAAGUUGAAUGGAAUAGUGCAUAAGCGAAGCGCGCCCUAUCAUCCGAGUACAAAUGGGCAGGCCGAGCGUUUCAUACAAUCAGUGAAACAAGCACUGAGAGCAUCCAAAUCAGACGCAGGAAAUGUUCAGUCGAGAUUGGACAGAUUUCUUUUGGCAUACCGGAAUGCCGCACAUUCGGUUACGGGCGAAUCUCCCGCAGCGUUGUUCUUGAAUAGACCUUUGCGUAGUAGGUUGGAUAACCUCCGCCCUAACGUCACAAGAAGGUUUGCGAGCCAAUUACACGAGCAAACCAUGCAGAGAGAAACACACAGGAAGACCAAUAGAUUGCGAAAAUUUGAGAUAGGUGACCAUGUUUUGGCCCGUGAUUAUGUAGGAAGGAUUAGAUGGGUACCAGGUCAAAUAGUAGACAGGGAAGGUCCUUUAGGAUACAAAGUACAGGUUGAGAAAGGGGUAUGGCGAAGACAUGUAGAUCAAUUGUUGCCUAGAUUAGUAAAGGAAGAUGGAGAGACUGAAACUCCAGGUACAGAGUUUGACUUAGAUACAGAGAUAGAAAAGUUACAGAGUAGAUACAAUGAUGUUGGUAGAGAUCCAAUAGGUAUUGGUACCAGGGAGCCUCAAACUAGGGCAGAUUUGUCUAUGCUAGAACCAUCUCAACGAAUGGGUAGUAUGGAAAAUGAAACAAAUGGGAAUCAGGUGGAUUUUCCCAAACCUGACAGCUUCAGGUUGAGAAGAUCUGACAGGGUAAGAAAGCAACCCAGUAGACUUGUUGAAACUAUGUGAGUUAAAGAUUUAUUGGUGUCAUUGCAUCUGGUGUUCAAAGGUGUCACAAAAGUCUGUGACCAGUUGUUUUGUUUAUUUUGCAUAUUGAUGUUAAAGGUUAACUAUUACAAACAGUAGCAUUAACUUAUUUUCUUUGGAGAUAAUAUGUUCAGUUUUUACCAUGAACCAUGGAAAAGUAGGUUCUUUGGAGAUUUAACAUUAACAAACUCAUUAAAUAUGAGAGAUGCAUAUGUUAAAAAUUUAUAAGUACUAGAGAAGCAAACACAAAUAAUUACCCAAAACGAACAGUUACUUUGGUUGAGUGAUAUUUUAUUACACAGUUAAACUCACAAAAAUGUAAAUUUGACAGACUUGGUUUCAUUACAGAAUAAUAUUUAUACUUGGAUAUGUGAAGGUAUUACAGUAAAGAAUGUUUAUUCUACUAUCGAAAACGGACAUGGGUAAACCAAUAGUAUGAUACAUUGAAUAAUUGGUAGUAAUGGUUCAAUUAUCAUGUUUUUGUUAUUUUAAGGUGAAUUACAAGUGACAGAAUUACAUAUUAAUAUGUAUGAAAUGCAUAUUUCUUUAUACCACAGGUAUACAACUUUUAUAUUAGGAGGGGAGAGAAAUGUUAGAUAUACAUAUUGCAUUGAUACAGUUGGCACUUCAUAGAUAGCGUAGUAACGACAUAGUUACUCAUUGAACUCCGUGUUAUACGAACUUGAUGUAGUGUGAAUCCAGAGUUUGUGCGUAUUAAAGAUGAACGUUGAUCAAACACAGUUGUAGUCUUCGAGACUGAUUACUGGAUGUUCCCUAUAAAGAACCCUAUAAAUACACAACAAUUAUGAAGUAUCAGUCCUAGAUAAAGGGGAAGGAGAACUCAUUGCCGUGUAUCGUCCUGGAUCAGUGAGUGAUGAAAAGGAAUACUUGAAAUGUUAUUAGUGUUACUGAUUUAUUGUGAAAUCUGAGCUGUGGAAACACAAAUGCUGUUUGAAAUCAGAUCAUGAACAUGAUCCUAUGCUUCCAGCAAAGAAUAGGAGAGACAAUAAGAGCUACAUACAUGUAGCGAGAAGGCUGAUCCUUACAAGAAAUUCUACCAUAUAUGAAGAAUGAUAGUUACCAGACUUGUCUGAUCAGACAAACUGAUAAUGGCAUUUGCUGAAGUGUUAACAGAGAAACAUAGUCAUGAUAAGAUCAAGACUCGUGCAUCAGGCAAAGGUUGAGAGAGAUUGCCACAAUAAUGCAGUAGUAGAGGAAAUAAUGAUGGGAAGGCAAAUGCUGACCGUGCAAGUGUGCUUAAAAAUUUAUGGAAAUUGUAAAGUCUACAAGGCUGGCAGCAGGAAUCAAGGCAUAAAGUCAGUUCUACCCCAUCACUAGUAUUGCUUUCAAAAUUGGCCAUAGCCUGAAAGCAUGCUGUGAGAUUCUUCAAGGGCAAAGUCUAAUCAAGACUGAUGGAACUGUUGAAAAACAUAUGAUAUAAAAAGACAAUACUUAUAUGGUGUAAAUUUUAAAUGACAAAAGAUGUUACACAUUUACUAUGAUUAUUUUUUUUGUAAUUCAUGUUUUAUUGAUCAUUUUCAUCAAAAUACACAUAACGAAACAUUCAUGAUAUAAUGGAUCACAUAUAAAAGUUCAGAUGACGUUGGCAUAUAAAAUAACAUGUCUAACAUACAAAAUAGUAUAAGAUAAGAAAACAUAUAUGUUUGUUUACAACAACAACAAAAAAUGAUUAUUGCAAUCUAUGAUUAUUGCAAUCCAACUUUUUAAGUCCGGUUGAAGAUUUGAGGGUUGAAGAAACCUUAACUGAGUAUGUGUGGAUUAUUAUUGCAAAAGCAUUAUUCACUACAGACAAGCAGGAAAAGACAGUGUUAAACUUCUUGGGUGGUAUUCUGAUAGCCAUGCUUAAGUUAAACCUGGCUGAAUUUAGACCAGACUUUUAUGGAGUGCCAGUUGUCAGCACAUAUUGCUGUACAAUCUAUCUAAAGUAGACAGCACAUAUUUAUGUACAAGCAAUCUUCAGUAGACAGCACAUAUUUUUUGGUAGAAUUAUAUUAAGCAAUCUUGAGUAGAAAACAUAUAUUUGGUACAGGUGUAUUAAGCUUUCUUCAGUAGACAGCAUAUAUUUCUGUACAAGCUUUUUUCAGUAGACAGCAUAUAUUUCUGUAGACAGCAUAUAUUUAUGUACAAGCUUUCUUCAGUAGACAGCACAUAUGUAUGUACAAGCUUUCUUCAGUAGACAGCAUAUACUUCUGAACAAGCUAUCUUCAGUAGACAGCAUAUAUUUAUGUACAAGCUUUCUUCAGUAGACAGCAUAUACUUCUCAACAAGCUAUCUUCCGUAGACAGCACAUAUUUAUGUACAAGCUUUCUUCAGUAGACAGCAUAUACUUCUGAACAAGCUAUCUUCAGUAGACAGCAUAUAUUUAUGUACAAGCUUUCUUCAGUAGACAGCACAUAUUUAUUUACAAGCUUUCUUCAGUAGACAGCAUAUACUUCUGAACAAGCUAUCUUCAGUAGACAGCACAUAUUUAUUUACAAGCUUUCUUCAGUAGACAGCAUAUACUUCUGAACAAGCUAUCUUCAGUAGACAGCACAUAUUUCUGUACAAGCUUUCUUCAGUAGAAAGCAUAUAUUUCUGUCCAAGCUUUCUUCGGUAGACAGCAUAUACUUCUGAACAAGCUUUCUUCAGUAGACAGCAUAUGGGCGAUUCCACACUAGAACUUCAAAAAUAUCAUACAUUUAAACAUGCUUUCAAUAAGUCAUAAGUAGUGUAAUAUUUUACUAUGAUACCUAAAUUUUAUGAAAAUUAUGAGUUUUAACCAAAAGUGAAGUCAGAUAUAGUUUUUUUGGGGGGAACAAUGGAAUUUUCAAUUUUCAAUAACUUUGCUAAUUAAAUAGUCAAAUACAAACACUGCCUGAAACAAUUAUUGGCAAAGCACGAGAAGAUUGAAAAUAUUGCAGGUCAAUGGAAUAAUAUAUCAUUGAUGGUUCCAAAUAAUGUCUACAACAUUUUCAUGAUCCAUAAUAGGGGCAGCCCUGAUUUUUCCGAACCUAUUUUUGGCAAUGUCCCGUACGACACAUGAAAAUGCAAAAGUUUUUCCUACAAUUUUAUUUUUGAUGAUGCAAUUUCAUAAUAUCAGUUUCUCUUUCUUUGACCCAUGGGUGAUCGAUUUAUCCCAUAAAGAUCUAAUUACUGCCCUUCAUUUUUCAAUAAUUGUCCUAUUAAAAGUUGUCCCGUACGACACACACUGUGUCGUACGGGACAUGUCCCGUGCGACACACAAUAUAUAAUGCAUUUAAUUGCAGGAUUUGGAUUCAGAAACUAUAAGUAGUAGGCCUAUUUUAAUUCAAGUAACUGAUUUGACAUAAAGUGAACUGAAAAAAUACUUUUUUAAUCUCCAUAGAACAUGAAAUAGGUGAUUCUAACCAUUUUAAUUGAUUUCAUGUAGGUGUAUUCUUUUGUGAAUCCCUUCAACUAAACUGGUGAUUUUCACUCGUCAGAGCAGGUUAAUUUCUUUGUCACUGAGCAUGAAAAGAAUACCUUUAUAAUUGAUUCACCCUAACCUGGAAGAUGUCUUCCUCUUGCAUGCUAAUUAGGAAUUAUUAUAAGACGUAAAAACAAAAUUACAUAUCAAUCAACUAUUUGGACUUCCCUGGAUGAUCACAAUUUUUUAUAUACAGUAUUGAAACUCCUUACUUUUUUCAAGUUGUUCAAAAAAAAAUCUGGAAAAUAAGACAAACCAUAUGGUUUCAUGAAAUGCAGAAAGGUUUGAAAAAGUAGAACCGCAUUUCUUUAGAAAAAAAUAUUUUGUGGAAUUACAAGUGAAAGUUGUGACAUAUAUCAUGUAUAUAUACAUUUUAUAUGAAAAAUUAUAACAUUUUAGCCCCAUAAUUUACACAAACAGUUUUAUUCAUUCAUUGUUUAAAUAGUGUAUUGGAAAUCAUCAAUUAAUUCACUAAAAUAUAACUUCACACAAAACCUCAGGUUUUUCAGCUCGUAAAAAUGCUGUGAACCCUUGUACAUUUCCCAUCAUGAAAAAAAUAAUGAUAACAUAUUGCUCCCGAUUGUAUAUAUUGAGGUUACUUAAUUAUAUUGUCCUGAAUGACUACUUAUUAAAAGACUUUUCAUUAAAAAGGAAGAAUUUAGGGGCAAUGUUCCCCUUCUGAUUGAUAAAAAGUUCAUUGUUUUAUUCAGGCUGCCCAGUACAACACGCAAGUGCCUGUACAACACACAAGUGUCCCGUACGACACACAAGUGUCCCGUACGACACAUUAUUUUGUUUAUGAUAUAUUGACAGAAAUAUUCAGCCAAUAGCGGUUUCUAACAUAAUGAAUGUCUUUAGUUUGAUAGGAUUAUCAUUAUCAUCAGCCAAAUAAAGUGAUUGAAGAAGUCAAAGAGACAUAAAGUAAGAAAGUUUGGCUUCAAUUUAGAGAUGUCCCGUACGACACAUUUUGAGUGUCCCGUACGCCACAAUGUUCUCGAAAAUUGUAAUUUGCUUUAUUUAUUCAUGAAUGUUUAUUUUGCUUUCUUUCAUAGAUGUGUUUAUUCUUGGGUAAUUGAAUAUCAGAGUUCAGUUUCUAUGAAAAUUAUCUGUCCAACUCACAGACUUUAGAGUACAAACUUGAGGUUUCGAAAAAAAACACUUUUUCUGCGUCCGUACGACACAUUACUAUUUUAAAUCUGUAUUAUACAGGAUGUGAAUUCAAGUCAUUUUAAGACUUGGUUUUUCUAACACUCUGGUAGUACUUGAUGAUCACCUUUAGUUACUGGAAUAUUUUUUUGUUUUUCUUGUAAAAAAACUGUCAAAUGUUCUCUAAAUGUCCCGUACGACACGUAUGGAAUCACCCAUAUAUUUCUGUACAAGCUUUCUUCAGUAGACAGCAUAUAUUUCUGUACAAGCUUUCUUCAGUAGACAGCAUAUAUUUCUGUACAAGCUAUCUUCAGUAGACAGCAUAUAUUUAUGUACAAGCUUUCUUCAGUAGACAGCAUAUAUUUCUGUACAAGCUAUCUUCAGUAGACAGCACAUAUUUAUGUACAAGUAUAUUAAGCUAUCUUCAGUAGACAGCACAUAUUUAUGUACAAGCUAUCUUUAGUAGGCAGCACAUAUUUUUGUACAAGUAUAUUAUGAAGAUAUCUUCAGCAGACAGCACAUAUUUCUAUUUUUGGUUGAAUUACCAUCAUUAGUUUGAAAGUUUAUGGAUCUGAUUCAUGAAACUUGGACAUAAGAGUAAUCAUCAAGUAUUACUGAACAUCCUGUGCGAGUUUCAGGUCACAUUCUAACCAAGAUCAAAGGUCAAUGAACUUUGGCCAUUUCGGGGUAUUUGUUGAAUUACCAUCAUAACUCUGAAAUUGUAUUGGUACAGUUCAUAAAACUAGGUCAUAAGAGUAAUCAAGUAUCACUGAACAUCCUGUGCGAGUAAAUAUUAUUGUUAAAUUCUCUGUUCCCCUUUGAUAUGACAUCAUAAUGAUCUGCUUUAGUGUUACAUGGUUCCAAGCUGAGAAUGUAUUUUUUGUUUGAUAAUGAUUACAAUUCAUCUUGUAAUUCAUUUAAGUGUAUUUAUUCCUUCAUUCACACAGGCUGUUUGCUUAGAAAUUCAUUAAUUUUUACAGGGCUAUUGGAAGAAGUCGCUCAGCAAUAAGUUUAGAGAUUGCAGGAAGCAUCAGGAACGCGACAAUCCGUUGGCACAAAUGGGAAAAAAAACAAAGUCAACUACAUCCAAACGAGACCAAGCAAACAAGCAGAUGUAUGGUAUCAAAAACUACCUACCUCCGCCCCCUGAGGGUGAAGAUGAAGGAACCAUCAGUGAACAUAUGUCAAGAUGCUCCAGACUGAAUCCAGAAAAACAAGACAGGACAAGGAAAUGAUAUAUCAUCUCAUGUCUGUCACUUUAACUCAUAGGCGAAAUGGUAUGAUCAACAGCAACUGGACUGUACCAUACAUGAAGGAGAUGUAAACUUGCCUUUUUCUUCAAGAUCAGGUAAGUUUAAAGACAUUGGUUAACAUUGUGAGAGCGCCCCCCCCCCCUUUCGCACAAUAUACCUGAAACGCAAAAUGCCCUCGCAGCGAAGUUUAAACACUUUUGUCCCUUCCAAUCUUCCGCAUCUUUUAAGACCAUUUGCACGAUAGAGUCACGCAUAAUUUUGUACUUUCAUUUCGCACCAAAAAUUGCUGGUAAAUGUGUUACUUUAAUCAUUUUUGCAUCUGGUUGUUUUUUUUUAUUCAUCUUAACAUAAAUCUAAAAAGACUGAUCAGGCAGCUCAGUUUUGAAUUUUUUAAAUCGAUCAACCACAAUGUUAACCAGUCGCUUAAGUUGUCAACUGCUCAACAAAAUUAAUUAUAUGAACAACUGAUACAUGAAUUUAAAAUGGCCAAUAUGUAGGCUCAUUUAAAUUUCAUACAUUUUUGCUCAUCAAUGGGAAUCUGAUGCAGUGGUCAUUAGAUAACUAGAGUGUCACUGAUUCUAACUUGUGUGAGGUCAAAGAUAUAAGCUAGGAGUCAAGUUGGGUCAUUGAUGCAAAGGAGUAAGAAUUCAUAAAUGGCCUUGGAAAUAAUUCUUGAUUGUGUCACAUGCCCAUUCUGUUUCUUCAAUACCAAAAUAACCCAAGUUUCGCUUGUAUUCUGCUUCUUCUUUAUAUUAGAUGUACAGAGAGUUUGAAAGGCUGACAGAGGAACCAAUCAAGGAAAAGUUAUAAGCAGGGUUUUCUAAUUAUGCAGAGCCACUACUAGAAAUAUGCAAGACUGCCAAGCAAGGAUUGGAGCUCAAGAACCUGAACUUGGCUGCAGCAGCAGAAAAUGAUGUAAAUAAGGAAGGUAAGUUAUCGACUAUCAAUUAGCAGUGGAUUUGCAAAAAUCCUUGUGAGGAACAAACAAGGCAUAAGCGAUAUUAUGUCUCGCCCACUUAUGAAAAUAACCAGAAAUAUUGUGAUUUGUGAGGGCAUGCAACAAAAUUGUAUCAAAACUUCAUUGUGAAAUGACUGGGAUGGAAUAAGAGUCUUGCCCAUAAACUUUAAUGUUGACCUCAAAAUGAACUACACCUACAACCCAAGUUUGGUCGAUAAUACCCUUUGGGUCACCCGCGCAUUCUUCAUGACAAUUACCCACCUGUUGGUCAGAUAUUUGGGCUAAUUCAAUGUGAAAUUACACUUCCAUAAAACCUCUACCACCCUGUACUGCCUUACUGAUCCUUCAAUAAAUUAGCGUUUCCUCUCUGCGUGGCAUGCGAAGAAUCCCUCAAUCAAAGUAAGUGUGCACAUUCGGAUAGCAAGAGAAAACAGCUAUUAUGAUCUGCGUAUGCGUGAGGUUUGGCAUUUUGAGAGAUCUAACCAUUAUGAAGAAUAUACGAAAUCGGGUUGUCUUUUCGCAGGGUACAUAGAUAUGCCUUCAUGAAAUAAAAGCAGGAGGCAUCGGGGUAUCCAUCCGAUGUGAAAACACCGGAAGAGCAAAAACAAUAUGUGAAAAACUACUUCGAACACGAAGGUAUUUUGCUUGACCCUCAAAAUAUUGUAAAGAAUCCAGGCCUACGCGCCAUUUCAAAACAAAUCAUGAAUGUACUUUGAGGGAAAUUCGCCGAACGUAAUAACUUGAGUCACACCAAGUAUGUAAAAACCUCUGUGGAAUUACUUGAAUGUUUCAAUGAUGACAGUGUUACCAUUCAUGACAUUACAGUUGUGAAUAAAAUGGUACAGAUAAAUUACACACGCAGCGAGGGGUUUGUAGACCAAAAUGUUUACACUAACAUUAUCGUAGCAAGCUUUAUCACUGCCCUAGCAAGGUUGAAGUUGUAUUCUGUAUUAGAAAUGCUUGGGGAUAGGUUCCUGUACCAUGAUAUGGACAGCGUGGUGUUUAGAACAAAUCCCUCACUCGAAUCCUCUGACCCCAAAUGGGCGAUUAUUUGGGGUAUCUAACAAAUGAAAUCGACGCUACCAAUGAAGAAUACACAUGGCUGUGUGGUGGCCUAAAAAAUUAUAGUUACAAAACUAACUUAAGGUAAGGUAGGGAAUACCGUCUGUAAAGUAAGAGGUUUUACCUUGAAUAAUGCAAAUUCGCUUGUUAUCAACCACAAUGCAUUAAGAGAACUCAUAUCUCAAAACUCAAAACGUGCAAUAAAUGUAUCUAAAAUAGUACGCAAUAUAUACAGACUAAGACCAUCCAUACAGAAGAGAGGAAAAAAGAUUAUCGGAUUGUUUUCACGAAAAGGGUUCGAGUGGGGGACGGUACUAAAAAUAGGACAUGAGGAUAUCCCUUAAAAUAUAGAGAAACAUAUAUAAUGAAAGGUGGUAUUCUCAUAGAUUUUAUAGAAAAAGACACGCUUAUACCCCCUUCAAAUGUGUAUUUAUACAUUGUCCUAAAUUUUCAGAUUCACUUUUUAUAUUAUCCUUCUUAAGAAGGUUGUUGUUGCUGUUGAAUACCUUAAGAUGGAUAGAUCAUCAUUUCUUAGAAUUCAACAAUCCGUUAUGAGGGGUAUUCCUCAAAAUUCAUUUUGCAUGAAUUUCCUUACUAUUGUGCUCUUUGUAAUCAUUUUAUUCUCAAAUUUUUUUCUUGAUGUAAUACUUACAAAGCAGACCACUGGUAAUGAUACAGUUGGCUUGUCGUAUUCAAAUUCCUCUAUUGGCGAAGAGAGCUUCGCGAGUUCUUUCUCCAUUGACUGAAAUAAGAUUCCUUUGUGCACCUUUUUUUUAGUCUAUGAAUAUAUAUAUAAAUUAGUAACCGUUUAUGCGUCACUCCACCCACAUUUCUUACAAUAGAUUGAUUUUACGUUGCAUUCACUUACUCGUGUUUUAAUUGUUUUAUAUUUUAUAUAAUAUAUGUGCAUGGCUCCAAUCAUGGGUACCCCUUGUCAUAGGACAAUUUAAAUCUUCACAGUAAUAAAAUAAAAUCAUCCUAACCAUCAAACUUACUUUUAUCUUCAGAAGAAAAUAUAAGAUAAGCUGAAAUGACCUGAAAAUAUAACCCAACUUGUUUUCCUGAUUUUUAAUUGAAUUUUUUAAGGCACCAAAUAAGGUUUUUUGCCGUAUGAAAUGUUGCACACGGGAAUGACAAAGUUUGUUUUAUUUACUGCUGUAAGAAAUAUAUCUUUCUGUUAACAAAAUGCCAAUUAAAUUAUAAGAAAAUGUCAGUAGUGUGUGUUCGAUUUGUUUAUUUCGUGAGAUUGACUUCUUGAAAGAUUUUAUUACCCGCCAAAAUAUAUGUUUGCGUACAAAACGCUUCGUGUCCUCCGGCCCGGCCCUGACUUGUCCCGCUCAAAAUAUAGGUAGAAUAAUCAUCUGGGUCUUAUUUGUGGCCAAUUUGAAGAGUUUCAAUUAAUGGCAAAACAGUACCGAUCAUAUAUUUGGUUUUGUGUUUUUCCCGACGACAUAAUUCAUUUCUAAAAUUUUUCAUUAUUUUUUGUGUCCAUCCCGUUAUGAACGCAAACGCACCAUUUUUUAAAAGACGAAAAUUUGUAAUUGUCAAAAUAUGCCGUUGUUUGGCAACGUAUAUUGCCACUAGUUAUAAUCAGCAUGAAAGCUUUCGACUUCGACGCAGUGCACACGCUACAGGCGAUCUGUAUCGGUCGUGUCUCGUCCUACCAGUUGGGUUAUGUACGCAAACUGAGUUGAAUUGGAGGGUCGCAUGCCGUGGUGAAUUGGUUAUUUUUCGUUCUUCACUUUGCUCCAAGAAAAAGAAGUCGUCGAGUGGAAGGCAAGAUGGAUGGUUCUGAGACUGAGAGUGCAGCUGUUGCAGAGAAAAGAGCAUUACGUCCAAGAGCACCAAAAAAGAAGACAAUACCUCCUAUCGUACUCAAGGAAUCAAACCGGCGGGGAAAGGCUGAAUACCACAGGGAAUAUCGCAGCAGAAGAAAAAAUUGCAAAGAGAUAUACAAGGCAUUCAGAAAACAAGAGAACGCGAGGAUCAAGGACUACAGAAAUAGGCAAAGUGAGGAGGCCAAACAAAGAGCAAAAGAAUUGCAACGUGAGCGACAACGACGUUACAGACAAA